GGUUUAGCUGUUUCAUAAUUGCAAGUUCCUCUUGUGAUAGGGGAUUAUUUCUUGGAGGAAUUGCUAUUACUGUUUGCUCUACUGAUUGUAGAUAUGGUCUUGAAUAUAAUGUAACUGCUCUAGAUGCCUUGAAUCGCGAUGU